AUGUGUAGCCAUUUUGAGAUCCUACAAUAUGCCCAUGAAAAUGGGUGUUCAUGGGAUCCACAGACGUGCGUCAAUGCCGCUGGAAGUGGCCAUUUGGAAAUCCUCAAAUAUGCCCAUGAAAAUGGGUGUCCUUGGGAUGAAGAGACUUGCCGAAAAGCUGCUGAACGUGGCGAGGUGGAAGCCCUGCAGUAUGCCCAUGAGAAUGGCUGCCCGUGGGAUGGCCGGACUUGUGAAUCUGCGGCUGGUCCGACUGGCAACUUGAAAGUCCUGAAAUACGCUCAUGAGAAUGGCUGUCCGUGGGACGUGGAGACAUGCACCACUGCUGCAUUAAACUGGAAGUUUGAAAUAUUGAAAUAUGCUCAUGAGAACGGCUGUCCAUGGGAUGAAGAAACAUGUACCGUUGCUGCGAUGUAUGGCAAAUUGAAAGUGCUCAAGUAUGCCCAUGAACACGGAUGUCCAUGGGAUAGUGACACCUGCAAAUAUGCUGCAGCCAACGGCAAUUUGGAUUGCCUCAAAUAUGCCCAUGAAAAUGGCUGUCCAUGGGAUGAAGAAACAUGCGGUAUUGCAGCUGAUCAUGGCCGUUUGGAAACCCUCAAAUAUGCCCAUGAAAAUGGGUGUCCAUGGGAUGCCAACACCUGUUAUCUUGCAGCUGAAAAUGGUCGGUUGGAAGAGUUUAGGUUUGCAAUUGAACAUGGUUGCCCUUAUCAUGAGCGUCUUCUGUUGGCGAGCAGUGUUGCGCACGACCGGAUGGUGGCCUGGGUUGUAGACACGUUAUCCCAUACGGUACAAGCGCCUGAAUUUAUUUAA